AUGCGCACUGUCCUCACUCCGGAGAUGGGCUGCUGUCGUGUUUUGGGCCAGGUCUGGGGUGGCUGGCGGCGGGGUCCGGGGGUCCGCGCAGCGCGCACAGCCUCAAGCUUUGGCACCGAGGCCCGGCAUCAGCAGAAACGUCGAGGCUCCAGCAAACGGUCGGGGCCCCUGGAUGACCAGCCUGUCUCGGGGCUGCUGUGGCCAGAGAACCUCAGUAGGGAGGAGCUGGUUGAUGUGCUGAGGGCAGCUGUGGUGGAUCAGAAAGGACCUCUGGUGACAUUGAACAAGCCACAGGGCCUGCCAGUGACAGGAAAACCGGGAGAGCUGACGUUGCUCUCAGUGCUCCCGGAGCUGAGCCAGUCCCUGGGGCUCGGGGAGCGGGAGCUCCAGGUUGUCCGAGCAUCUGGGAAGGAAACCUCUGGGCUUGUACUCCUCUCCAGUUGUCCCCAGACAGCAAGCCGCCUCCAGAAGUUCUUCACUUACUCACAGAGAGCCAGGAGACCCACAGUCACCUACUGUGCUGUCACUGAUGGGAUCCCAGCUACUUCUGAGGGGAAGAUCCAAGCAGCUCUGAAACUGGAACACAUUGAUGGGGUCAAUCUUGUCGUUCCAGUGAAGUCCCCAUCCCGAAAGGACAUCUUGGAAGGUGUCAAGAGGACCCUCAGCUACUUCCGUGUGGUGGCCACGGGCUCUGGCUGUGCCCUGGUCCAGCUGCAGCCACUGACAGCGUUUCCCAGCCAGCUACAGGCGCACAUGGCACUACAGCUCUGCCCUCUGCUCGGGGACCACAUGUACUCUGCCCGUGUGGCCACUGUUCUGGGCCAGCGCUUUCUGCUGCCUGCUGAGAGCACCAGGCCCCAAAGACAGGUCCUGGAUGAAGCCCUCCUCAGCCGCCUCCACCUGAACCCCUCCCAGGCUGCCCAGCUGCCCCUGCACCUCCACCUGCAUUGUCUCUACCUCCCAGGUGCCAGGCCCAGGGACCCACCCAUCAAGCUUCUGGCUCCUUUGCCCUCUUAUUUCUCCAGGACCCUGCAUUGCCUGGGGCUCCACUACCAAUAGUCCUUCUGGGCCUUCUGUUCCCGCUGGAAAGCAGUGGGGGUUGGAGGGCGGAUGGGCUGCAGUCAGGCCCGAGGAGAGUGAGGUCAGUGCUCAACACGCAGAAGGCCACAGUGGAAGAUCCUCUGUAGUUGGAAAAACUUAAGAUCACAUCCUAACGCCACUUGCUGUGUGGUGUUGCGCAAAUGACUUCACCUCUCUGGACCUGAGAUAAUAAAAGUACCUACCCUCAUAGUAUUGUUUGCAGGAUUUGCUGAGAAAGAAAAUGUUUAUCAUGGACCGUGGUUUCGGCUGAGUUCAGUAUGUGGUCUUCAUAUUUGGUUGUUUCUGGCCCAAUUUUAGCUGAGAGAAAAUGUUAGUUUUUUUUUAAAAUUGUGGUAAAAUACACCUAAUAAAAUUUACCAUCUUAACCAUU